UUAGAUAGGCUCGCUGCCGUUGUCAACUAGCUACUUGAAGACAAGCAAGAACUUUUGGCGACUCUAUAUUUAAAAUAAAACCUUAACUUCUUGCCACAGUUAGAUGUAGCAUGUGGCUAAACUUGUAAAAGUCGUCGUAGGUUGAACUGACACCAGACUUGGAAGUUGUCUUAGCGCUCGAAUGUGAUCUUCCAUGUGUACGUUCCUAAACAACAUGGCGUUUUUUAAGAUAUUUGGGGUGAACGCCGUCUUUGUGGCUCCCUAACUGCUGGAGUGACAUCUGACCCGAAGCGCCUUCAAAACGGGUGGGGUCAGCGAGAAAGAUCCUUCCGGCUCAGCCUCCAGCUCGAGAGGCGUGAGGAUGGAGUUCGCUGCGGCUGAGGUGAACCAGGCCAACAUGCAGGAAAAACACCAACCUUCCAGCCCAGGGCCAAGCAGCUUGGGGGGGAAGGCUCAUCCAGCACUCAAAGCCUUCAUGUGUGGCUCCCUCAGCGGCACAUGCUCCACUCUGCUCUUCCAGCCUUUGGACCUGGUGAAGACGCGGCUGCAGACCCUGCAGCACAACGCCAAGCCAGGUUCACCAAAAGUGGGGAUGUUGAGUGUUUUUAUCAACGUGAUAAGGACAGAAAAUGUCUUCAGUCUGUGGAAAGGAGUGUCCCCUUCUUUUGUCCGUUGCAUCCCCGGUGUGGGCAUCUACUUCAGCACCUUCUACUCCCUCAAGCAGCACUUCUUCCUGGAGCGGGCGCCCAACGCCGGCGAGGCCGUGCUGCUGGGCGCCGGCGCCCGAGCGGUGGCCGGCGUCUGCAUGCUGCCGUUCACCGUCAUCAAAACGCGCUUUGAGAGUGGCUUUUAUAACUAUGUGAGCGUGGCCGGGGCUCUGAGGAGCAUGUACCAGACGGAGGGAGUGAGAGCGUUGUUCUCCGGGCUCACCGCCACGCUGCUACGCGACGCCCCCUUCUCCGGGAUCUAUGUCAUGUUCUACAGCCAGACCAAGAAGACGUUGCCUCCAGAAGUGACGUCGUCAGUCUACAUGCCCCUGGUCAACUUCAGCUGCGGUGUGGUAGCGGGUGUCAUGGCGUCGCUAGCCACGCAGCCAGCAGAUGUGGUGAAGACGCACAUUCAAGUCAGCCCGUCGCACUGGAGCACAGCGGACGCUAUUCGCUACAUCUACAAUAAACACGGCUUCGGCGGCUUUUUCCAUGGUGCCGUACCUCGGUCCCUCCGCCGCACUCUGAUGGCCGCCAUGGCCUGGACUGUCUACGAACAGCUGAUGGCUCGGAUGGGCCUCAAGUCGUGAAGACGACGGCGGCGAGGCAUUCUAAAAUGUCAUCGAGCCUGUAGCGUGAGAGCAAAAGAGUGUGCGUGAGUGUGUUUUUCAUUCUAAAUUAUUAGAACUAUUUUGUGAAAAUGUAUUUACGAUGUGUGGGUGUGAGAUUUCUAACCGAGCAAAGUAGCAAGACGGAGAGGUUGAGCUGCACUGAUUUUUGUCCUAUUUCUUGCAUACGAUCAAGCAGGGUUUCUUACUCGCCCAUAAACCUCCACCAAUAAGAAAACGGGUUUUGUUUUAGGCUCAGACAAUCACACGUGCAAAGAAACUGGCUUAUCGCUGUACUGCUCAAAUCUCUGCUUGAUUAAAGGGUUACUAAAACUAAUAUUUAGUCAAACAUUUGCUAUUUGACUAGAGUCAUGCUGAAAUUUGCUCACUUCUUUUUAAAAGUACAGAGCAGAUUUCUUUUUUUUUCAUUUUAGCUGUUCAGUAUUACCUAAACAUUGUUUCAUGAACUAAGAAGUUAAUUUAACAAUUCAUGUUUUGUUCCCUCUAGGUUGAAAUAGAUGACUGGGGUAAAGAAAAAAAACAAUUUUAUUGUUCACACAUGGACAUCCGGUAACUUCUUUGCUAACAGCAACUUAGUGCUGUAGUAGACUGAUGUAAUGGCUUCAUCCAAAAUAAACAAAUAAAAAAAAAACACAUCCCUAACCACUAUUUGCAAAAACUCUCUAACUUUAAAAAACAUGUUUUAAUCCUUCUGAAGCGGAUCAUAAACAAACUUGUAGCCAGUUACCGGUUAGAAACAACUGAAUGCACUUUGGUGUAGAUAUUUCUUUGGAAAGGUGAUAUUUUGGUAUUUUGACGUGUCUAACACUGCCAUAAAUGUGUGUUGAUGUUACAUGUUUCAUUGUUUCUAUAGUUACUGAUUAUAAAAUCCUCUGGUAGCUACACGGAGGCUGACAAAAGUGUCUUAAGAGUUCUUUGUCUUGCACUCUGCCCUCCAAUCUGUGUGGUGAAUAUUUGAUCAUUAUUGUAUAUAUUUGGUCUGUGCAGUGCUGCCUCGGACAUUGUCAGUUUUUAUUGUCAAUAAAUAUACCUUUUCAGCAAAUGUA